GAUGUUUCACGCGAAACAAUCAAUCAUAGUUUCUCUAUACCUCCUAUAUAGUAUACGCAUCCUCAGAAAAUGGUGCAUUUCCUUUGCAUUCUGUAGUUUUUAUUUCAUUGAAAACUUCACUCGCUGAGUCACUCCUCUCAGUCCUCUGUGGCAUUGCUUCUUCUCAACUAUGAACGCUCUAGCAGCCACCAACCGCAACUUUCAACGUGCAGCUCGCAUUCUCGGCUUGGAUUCCAAGCUCGAGAAGAGUCUCCUCAUACCCUUCAGAGAAAUCAAAGUUGAAUGUACGAUCCCGAAAGAUGAUGGAACUCUGGUUUCCUAUGUCGGUUUCAGGAUCCAACAUGAUAAUGCUCGUGGUCCUAUGAAGGGAGGAAUUCGCUAUCAUCCUGAGGUUGACCCAGAUGAAGUGAAUGCUCUAGCUCAGCUGAUGACCUGGAAGACAGCUGUAGCUGACAUUCCCUAUGGAGGAGCAAAAGGUGGAAUCGGCUGCAACCCGAGGGAUCUGAGUAUCAGUGAGUUAGAACGUCUAACUCGGGUUUUCACCCAAAAGAUACAUGAUCUCAUUGGCAUUCAGAGGGAUGUUCCCGCACCUGAUAUGGGAACUAAUGCACAGACCAUGGCAUGGAUUCUCGACGAGUAUUCCAAAUUUCAUGGGCAUUCACCUGCAGUCGUGACAGGGAAGCCUAUUGAUCUUGGAGGUUCAUUGGGGAGGGAGGCUGCCACAGGGCUCGGAGUGGUUUUUGCAACUGAGGCUUUAUUUGCUGAAUAUGGGAAGUCAAUUUCUGAUCACAAAUUUGUCAUCCAGGGCUUUGGAAACGUGGGCACAUGGGCUGCUAAGUCCAUUUUUGAGAGAGGAGGAAAGGUGAUUGCUGUGAGUGACGUCAGUGGUGCUAUCAAAAACCUAAAUGGAAUUGACAUCCACGCCCUUCUGAAACACAAGGAGGACAAUGGAGUCUUGACAGACUUCCCAGGUGCAGAAGGGAUGGAUCCAAAUGAAUUGCUGGUUCAUGAAUGCGAUGUCCUUAUCCCUUGUGCCUUGGGUGGAGUUCUGAACAAGGAAAAUGCUGCUGAUGUGAAGGCAAAAUUUAUAAUAGAAGCAGCAAAUCACCCCACUGACCCUGAUGCGGAUGAGAUUUUGUCCAAGAAAGGAGUCAUUAUAUUACCUGAUAUUUAUGCCAAUGCUGGUGGAGUGACUGUGAGCUACUUUGAAUGGGUUCAGAAUAUUCAAGGUUUCAUGUGGGAUGAAGAAAAAGUGAACCAUGAGCUGAAGAAGUACAUGACCAGAGCUUUCCAGGACAUCAAGGCAAUGUGUAAAAUUCAUAACUGUGACUUGCGAAUGGGAGCCUUCACUCUAGGAGUGAACCGUGUUGCCCGUGCUACCCUUUUGAGGGGUUGGGAAGCUUAAGGAGCUACUUUCGUUGGUUCCUGUUAUUUAUCUACCAGAUGAACCAUUGCUUAGUCUUGCAACUGAUAAAGUAGGAUUUUACAUGGCUGUGGUUUUCUUACUUUGUUAUCGUAGUGCUAGUCGAGCAAUUUAGUGUAGUCAUGCGAAACUUGCCAAUAAUACUUUAUUCUCGCCAUUGGGUCCUGGGAAUAAUAUAAAACUACAGCCAGAUUUGUUUAGAAAGUGUUGAUGCAUCGUAGUUCUUGUAACAAAGUAACUACGUGUUUCCGUUAUAUUUUUA